GCUGCAGUGCGCCUGCGUAGCCUGCGUCGCCGGCAGGCAGGCCGCCGCAGCAGCAGCAGCAGCGAGCAGGCAGCGAGCGGUCGCUGCAUCUUGGCGUAUUCGUCGGCGCAUCCGCUGCGUGUGUGUGCCUUCGCCGUGUGUGCGUGUGUGUUUUGUGUGCGUGCGGCCUCUCCCUAGACAGGCAGCUCGGCGCCAGCAAGGUCGGGCCCUUCCGAGCACCGAAUCAACAUCGGCCAUGGGAGACGACGGAGGCGGCGGCGGCGACGAGCAGCUGUCCGAGCAGUUCACUUCGGGAUUCCGGCUACGAGCGCGCAAGGGCGCUCUCAAAAAGAAGAACGUCUUCGAAGUGAAGGACCACAAGUUCAUACCGCGCUUCUUCAAGCAGCCAACGUUCUGCUCGCACUGCAAGGAUUUCAUCUGGGGCUUUGGGAAGCAGGGAUACCAGUGCCAAAUAUGCAGCUUUGUCGUGCACAAGCGAUGCCACGAGUUCGUCACCUUCAAGUGUCCAGGCAAAGACAAAGGCGUCGACUCGGACGAUGCACGUACCAAGCACCAGUUCGUGCUGCAGACGUACACAAGUCCAACCUUCUGCGACCACUGCGGCUCGCUCUUGUACGGUCUCAUCCAUCAGGGCUACAAAUGCAAAGCGUGCGACAUGAAUGUGCACAAACGGUGCCAAGAGAGUGUGCCGAACCUUUGUGGCUGCGACCACACCGAACGGCGAGGGCGCAUCCACCUCAAGGUUUCGGCAACCCCUACGCGGCUUACCUGUGAAGUACGGCAGGCACGCAACCUGAUUCCGAUGGACCCCAAUGGCCUGUCCGAUCCCUACGUGAAGCUCAAAUUGAUCCCUGACAUGGGCGAUUCGGCCAAGCGGAAGACCAAGACCAUCAAGGCCUGCCUCAACCCCGAGUGGAACGAGACACUCACCUUCGACCUGAAACCCGUCGACAAAGACCGGCGACUACUGAUCGAGCUUUGGGACUGGGACCGAACGUCUCGCAACGACUUUAUGGGCUCCCUCUCGUUUGGCAUCUCGGAGAUUCUCAAGUCUCCGGCCGAGGGCUGGUUCAAGCUUUUGACGGCAGAGGAAGGCGAGUUCUACAACGUGCCCGUGCCGCCCGAGAACCCGGCGCUUGCACCGGGAACCACGCAUCAUCCAUCGAGGCCGCGGCCGACACCACAGGCUUCAUCAGACCUCAUCCCACACAACAUGGGCAAACAGGAUGUGAUCCGGGCAUCCGAUUUCAACUUCCUGCUCGUUUUAGGCAAGGGCAGCUUUGGCAAAGUCCUCCUAGCCGAGCGGCGUGGCACUGACGAGCUGUACGCCGUGAAGGUUCUCAAGAAGGACGUAAUCAUCCAGGACGACGACGUCGAGUGCGCCAUGGUGGAAAAGCGGGUGUUGGCGCUGGCGGCCAAGCCCCCUUUCCUCGUGCAGCUGCACUCGUGCUUCCAGACGAUGGAGCGCCUGUACUUCGUCAUGGAGUACGUCAACGGUGGUGACCUCAUGUUCCAGAUUCAACAGUGCGGCAAGUUCAAGGAACCCGUGGCCGUCUUCUAUGCGGCCGAGAUUGCCGUUGGACUUUUCUUCCUCCACGCGCGCUCCAUUGUGUAUCGCGACCUGAAGCUAGACAAUGUCCUGCUGGACCAGGACGGGCACAUCAAGAUUGCCGACUUUGGCAUGUGCAAGGAGGGCAUCCAGGGAGACAAGACCACCAAGACCUUCUGUGGCACGCCUGACUACAUCGCCCCCGAGAUCAUCCUGUACCAGCCAUAUGGGAAAUCUGUCGACUGGUGGGCUUAUGGGGUUCUCCUGUACGAGAUGCUGGUCGGGCAGCCACCCUUUGAUGGCGAGGACGAGGAGGAACUGUUUGCCUCCAUCACGGACCACAAUGUCUCCUACCCAAAGGCUCUUUCCAAGGAAGCCAAAGAAGCCUGCAAAGGGUUUCUGACAAAGAACCCAGCGCGGCGUCUGGGCUGUGGCUUAUCGGGCGAGGAGGAUGUGCGGACACACCCCUUCUUCCGCCGCAUCGACUGGGACAAGAUCGAGAACCGUGAGGUGCAGCCACCAUUCAAGCCCCGCAUUAAACACCGCAAGGACGUGAGCAACUUCGACAAGCAGUUCACCAGCGAGAAGAUCGAGCUGACGCCCACCGACAAGCUGUUCAUGAUGAACCUGGACCAGACCGAGUUCAUGGGCUUCUCCUUCCUCAACCCGGAGUUUGUGCAGCACGUCUAGCCAGACUCUUCCGCGCCUAUUUAUUGUUACAACUAUACUUACCAUUAUUACCACACCGCACCCGAUGCGUCAACGAUGCCUGCCUCCCCCGCCGGAGGGUCCCACCGCCGUCUCUCCUCAGGACUCGGAAACCUUCGCGCCCCUUCGACACACUGUACUGUACUCCGGGACAAGUUUACGUGGCGUUCGGGUUAGAGCAGUGGGCCCGAGUCUCGUUCCUAUAUACUCAACGCGCUGUCGCCGAGCGGCGCCAGUACACGCGACGCGACUGAGUGCUUUCCUCCGCAUAAGCUGCAGUGUCGUUUGUCUGGGGGCUCGCAUCCUUGGGCAGUUUGAGCUUUGUUCGGAUACAGUUUCUCCAGGUGGGACCGCACGGCCACGAGCAACAAGUUGCUAUGGAGACUGGCCUGGAAUAAUUGGUGGCGUUACGGUUACGAAGUCAUAUCACACGCCGAAGUCUACUGGUGCACUGUGGUAGUCAGCGCCGAGUAUUUUGAAAGGGGUGUGGCGUUGCUGCUAGCUGAGCUACAACGACGCGAUAUUGCUUCACUGCCACUCAGGAGUUGUCCCCGAGUGCUCGACUGACUUUUCACGUCCCGCUGUUCAGCAGGGCGUGUGCUUAAGAUGCUAGAGAGUCUGGGAGAGCGCCGCGUAUGUACAAGCCUUUGAGUUGGGUCAAAGGGCAUGCCCCAGCUUAUGAACCUUGAGCAUCGCAGAGCACUAUCCAAACGAGCACUUUCGCUGCCCCCUGCUUUGCGCUUUUUCGCCCAAAUAUUCCUUACUACUGCGCGACGGAGCGCGUUGGAUUACAUUAAUCUUCGUGAAAUAUUCACCUGCGAACGCCGUAUAUUGAAAAACUUCUCGUUAUGCCCACAUUGUUCUGAAGCCUUUCGUGAUACAUCAUAAGUGUUGUUGUUGAGACAGUUCUUUAUUGGAUAGUGUCGUCAAGGAACUUUUUUGUUUCCUGGGCGUUCUGUGGAAGCUGUGUCUAUAUGUGGUCCCUACUUCUGACCCUGUCGCAGUACAGGGGAUAACUCGCGUGAGCCAGUGCGAUUUCCCUUUCUCUAAAAAACGUCAUGCCACCAUGUUUUCCUCAGGUGGUACAUAUGCAUGUCUCAUGUAAACGUCCGCGAUUUUGUCGCCCCGAAAUCCUGUCAGCAGAGCAGUCGCAGGAAACCUAGGACCCGGUUGUAGUAGCGGCUCGCAGACACUUCUAGACCAACUUGGAAAAAUGACCACCUGAAGUUGUCUAUGUCAAGCCGAUUUCUGACACCACCGUUCCUGUUGGCGUAGUCUUCCCAUAUCUGUGAGGCGGAUGUCGACCUCUUAAAGCCCUACUGUCGUACCAAAUAAGUCAUAAACUUAUGAAAGAUGGUCGGAGUUUCAGGGAACUUCAGGCGACACAGCCGGACAUUUACGGUCUCGUAAGAGCAGAUUUGAACGUGCGAUUCUUGGUUCUCGCAAAUAUGUUGGCUUCGACAAGAUACUUUUGCUACCGACGACUCCCUGUCAGUCAUUUGUAAGUACAUCGAUUCUCUCUUGUGAGCGUUAGUAUUAGAAAAUUUCUCCAGCGUGUUGAAGUGCGAAAGCUUUUCGGACUUCAACAUUUUAGUAACUUCAUGCUACAGACGAUGUUUCUCAGUGGCCUCUUACUUUCCUCGCGAAUAGCAUAAACGAAAUCGCUCUCACUGAAUUGCCCUGAACAGCUUGCCUGAGCGCCCAUCAUUAUGUUCCAUGAUUACUAAAAAAAAGAGAGAGGCGGGGAGGAGUGUUCAGAAGAGGCUAGCAAAGGGGCUCGAAAAGAACAAGCUACGGGUAGCAUCAUAAAUAGAACAAAUAUUUGCAGCAAUGAUGAGCAAGAAAUGAACAUUGCUGGUGAAAAGAGGCAGUAGAGUUGUGUAGGUCAUAUGACCGUUAAACUAAAAUAUAUAACAGUUUGAAAGGCCUAGAGGGCGACGGCGUAGUCUACCUGAAGGCGAUAAACUAUGUGCAAGUGUAACGAGACUCUUUAACUGCCGGAUACUGAGAAGGACCAGGUGAUUCGGGGGGCAAAUUUCAUUAACAAAUUUUCGGUGGCCUAUGCUUUAUGAACUCAGCACAACCAUAUGUCUCAAGCUUGAAACGGCGAAGGCGCGAAAUAAGCUUUUUUUUUUUUGGCACAGUACGCAGGUGGAACCGCAAGGUUAUUCGCAGUGUGAGAAGCUCUGUGCGCGCAGUGCCGUUGAGAUGCCAAGCUUUCUUUAUUUUUAUUAUUAUUUUAUUUUUAUCGGCUUCGCGUCAGGUCGUUUAGCGUAGUCUUGACAGUAAGAUAAGGUACGGUACCCUUUAUGAGAUUCAUGGAUUGUGAUUCACCGGUGUAGUCGAACGCGCUUCACCUACUGUAGAUUAUGCAUUAUAACGAAGUUGCAGCGUCCAGUGUACAGAAGAUGUGCGAUAAUUUCACAUGUAUUUACACCUGAGAGCUAUGCGCAGUAGGAUUGUCCUGUCCAGAAAAAAAAAUGGAAAUAGUGAUGAACAUUGCGCUAAGCAAUGAAGCUUUCUGUCGCUCUCGUAAAGUUUCACGCAUUGCGGAGGCCGUUAUAGCGUUUCCUGAUCUUAUUUCGCGCUAUCGGUGCACAACGCUAUACUCUAUUGUCUGUCGUCUUUGAAAGACACUCCCGCUUCAUCUUCCGCUUACUGGUUCGUUGCAAAUCAUGCCUUUCGUUUAUUUGUACAGCUGCUUUUCUGUUUCGCUCUCCUAGCGACGCAUAGAGCAUGAGUCUGCUUUAGUUAUAAACUAGAGGGAAAGGCCGGUUAUUUGUAGUAACGUAAUAUAGUGCCAAACAAAGCGUACCAUCGAAUGCGAUCGUCGGUACUCGAUACUGCGUUCUCGCGUCUUGCCAUCUUCCGCCGGCAGCUUGAAUCUGAGUUGCCGUGGUCGCUACGAAACAUAGGUACCAGUUUUCGUACGCGCGUUGAACGAACGAGAAAAUAAUAAUAAAAAUAAUAAGGCCUUGUUUCCAGUUUUCUGGAGACUUUAUUCACGUUGGCUUUAGUCGCUCGCUGAAAUCGCGCACCGCUUUGCUCACUAGCCCGACCUGCGUUUAAUCUGUGCUCAGGAAUAUUGGUGUUUUAGUGAAUACGUUAAGAAACCCAGCGUGCAUCUAAAGAGCUUAGCGUAACAUGUCCUUCUUUUUUUCAAAUACAUGUCCCCAGGGAAAGGUUCGGAUGCAAUUUCGUGAAGGAUCCUUCCUCGGCACAGCACUUUUCUUUAUUCUUCAGAAGCUUAAAGUAGACCUGAUCAAAUUGGCUCUGUAGGACGGCUCCAGUGAGCGCUUAAACGUCGCUAGAAUCGUUUAACGUGUGGUCAUCGCUGGUUUGUUUGAAUGGCAUGGAUGUAAAACAAUAUCGUAGUUAUUUUUUUUGAACGGUACUAGUCUUGCAGCCGCGCCUUUGUGUGCACAAGAUUCUCGAGAUGGCGCGAUGAAAGCAGGAAGGAAUGUUAGGGUAUCUGGCAAGACAACGAAAUUUCAACCUUUUUCACCGGUGCCUCGCAAAUGCAUGCUUUCCGGGCAUCGUCAAAAUGUCAAGAAGACAUGCCAUUCAAAACUCAUGACUACUGAAGUGCUAAUUCAGCGUCUUGGAAACGAGUUUGCAUGAACAGCGGAGAACAAUUGUGUUAUGAUUCUAGUCACAUACUGUUCAUAGUCUUUCUUCUAUUAGACUUUGUCUUUGGUCAUAUUUCAAUGCGAAUAUGCAAUUGAAAGAAUUGGACCAAAUUCUAUUGUCAAAUAGCUGUCAUUUAAGGCUUAAGGCUUCUGCCAUGAUCGGUCUUUUGCCAUCAUGUCGUUUGGCUACUUCCGUAAAUCCAACGCGUGAGUACUUUGUUUACCAAUGUUACGAUAAGGGCGUUAUUGCUGUGUUUUUGAGAAUUUUAUACAGUAUCUGGUUGCGUUGCGAAUCUUUUGCAAGCUCCCUUCAUAAUUUGACAAACUGUUGAUCGCGUCACUAAAGCGUACCGUCGGAAUAUACUAGGAAUAUAGCACUUAUGCGUCUGUUCAUCUCCACUGCUUCACUGGUAGGGAUUCAACCCUCGCAGAUCUCAUGCCGUUUCUGUUUUGCGGAAAAGCACGACAGUGAUGCCUUUAACUAGCAUUGAGAGCCUUUCCAAUGGGAAGAUUUUUACCUGAAAAUUUGUCGAUCAAACGUGAUUAAUGUGUUAUUUUUCCGCUGUCAGUAUUUAUUUUUAAUGCGAGAAGUGUUUACUGCAACGCAGUACGUUCCAUGAAGUAGGAUCUCUCGGUGACACUAAGCUUGCUAUGCCUUUUUUUGAGGCAGUUAUUAUGGCGCUAGCACACCUUUUUCUCAAGGAGCACACCGGAAUUCGCCCACAGCCAACGAGAAGUUCAGCGUUGGCUCAGAUGUUAUGAAACCCCAAGAAAUAUAAUAAUAUAUAAAUAUAAAAAGGAGAUAAUGGUUCAAGUCAAGAGUUCUUUGUAUACGUAUGAUAAUGGAGCUUAAGUUUAUAAAGCUAAGGGACAAUUAACUCUCAGAAUAACUCGCGAAAAUUAAUUGAAUUGUUUCAGUGAGAGAAACGGUUUGUUGUCGGUAUGUGCUAUACGGCGCAUAACCCACUACAGAACAAAUUUCUCUCAUUCAUCAGUUAACUAAUUGGACGACGGUGAACAAACCUGUCUUUGUGGAUUGUGUUGGAGCUAUGCAAGUUGACGACCAAAAAGCAACCUAAAGUCUACCCAAGUGAACAAAGCAAGAAGAAAGGCAACACGAAGAGAGAAGGCAGGCAGGUUAACCAGAAGAACUUCCGGUUGGCUUCCGUGCACUGGGGGAAUAGGGAAGGGGAAUAGAAAGAUGAGAGAUAGAAAGCGGAGCUAAGAGAUGAAAAAGAGAGAGAGAGAGAAGCAGUGAAUUCACUGAAGUGUGCGGUACUGAAGUUCAGCAAAUGUCAGAGGCUAGCGCCAUGGAAGACACCUAAAUGGAAGAUUAAGAUUGCCUAAAAUUUUUUUUGGUGACGGUUAACUCUCACGAUUCUGCUCCGAAGUUUAAUUUAGUGAGGUUUGGUGCGAUAGGUUCACUGCGAGCUGUUGUAAGAGUAGGUGCGAAAUUGAGAUUUCGCACUGUACAGUACACGCAAUCUAGAUUGACACAGAGAGAUUUUUUGCCAGGAACGAAAUGUUGCAGGAGGACAUACGUCAAGUCCAUUGCUCAUGUUGAGCUCCGCCGGUUGGCUUUGGUUUGUUUUUAAUGAUGUAAUUUAUCCAAAGUUGCUUCUAUUAGGCAUCGACAGACGUCGGCCGUACCAGUCGCAAAAAGUUUCAACGAAUCUUCUCCUCUCCUCGUAUACGAGGGGCGAAGAAUAUCAGGGAAGAUUGUGUGUUACAGACACUGCUUUUUUCUGCGUUAUUUAGUUUGCUGAACGAUACAUUACUUGUGAUAACUAUGACAAGUACGGUUCUUUCAGCUUUCGAUGCAACGAAUCUUAAGCUUCUCGAGCUUAGAACUGUCACGUUUUGUCCGGUUGUCUGGCAAGCUGUUCCCAGCACUAAGUGGAACACGUCAGCAACUUGCUUCAGAACGCUUAAAAUAUCCAUGUAACGCUUCAACGCUGUGACGCUAAAAACGUGCGAGGAACUUAGGCGUUGCAUCGCGUUAACCCUAUGUUAUCCUGCAUACAAUGUGACGCUUGCUUCUUAUAUACGAUAUUCUUUAUUACAUGCCUUUUUUCUACAGCUUUGAUAGCAGUUGCAAAGUACUUGUAAAAGCAGGCAACGAGUCUAUUUUUAACAAGCUGCACUGAUAUUGUACACCGUUCGUUGAGUUUCAUUUCACCCGCUGCGAAUUCUUCGUGUUUCCAAAUGCAGAGGUAUCAAGAACUGCUUUUGUGGAUCGAUUCGGUGAAGUUGGCGAAAGCUUUCGUGAUGGCGCUGCGGCUUCGUAAGGAUAUAGGGGCGUCAGUGUUUGCCGUAUAGGCUGACGGGUCAGCGCGGUAGCUCGCUGGAUAAUUGAGAGUGGUGAUCCCAUCUGUUUGUGUAACGCUAGAAGUUCAAACAUGUGAAGCAAGCCUUGAUUGUACCGUCGUUUCUAUAAUCUUGGGACGACAAUUGGGCAGAGACUAGAGACUAUGUACUGACAGAUCUGUUGACCGAAUAUAUGAGUGUUUCGAAGUGGCGUCAGCGGUGCUCAAAGCAAGCGGAAGAAAGAACCAAAGACAGGACUCAAAUGAGAGGAUAUCAGGCGCACGCUUCCAUGGUUCCUUCUUCGGUCUCCUUGUCCGUGGAAUAUGUGGUUUCCAUGACGAAUCCUCUACAAGUCGUCCUGUUCUCCGCUGUUCUCGGUAUCGAUACCUACGCUGCGCUCCCCGUGCAUGUUUUUCAAGCUUAACCCUUUCCGUGUAGUCUUCUCAUGACGCGCACACCUAUUGUUACCGGUCCGUGCAUUAAACCACUUAGAAAUUCGGAUUUCUACCAGCGUCUAGAUAUAAAGUGAAGGAUUCAACUUCUUUUUAGUUCAUGUGCAUUGAGCGAAAGUUCCUGUAAUUGUCGAAAAAUCUUGAAUUCCUUCUGUCCAACUUUUGUCUGCAAUAAGCCUUGUUGUGCAAUAAUAAUGUGGACCACAUUUUUCUUGAUCAUCGAUGCUUUUUGCUGGGUGGCCUAAAGGCUCUUUUGUUACCUCUGUAGCAAUGUCUCCUGCGGGCAAUUGAUAGUAAACAACAUUUGCUUACCGCCGUUGAAUUCUGUAUGCUGCGAGAUGCGCGACGGAUUGCUGUACUACGCGUUGUAAAGCUUUGCUUCCUCCAGCAUAGCCACUGAACUGCGUUAGUGUCUUUCAUUGCAACGUCAGGCACGAACGAAUAACAGUCGUUGCUAGGGACGUUUUUUUUCGAUGGCACCAGAUUUAGACGUGCCUGCCCGUAACUAGCCAGCGCGUGUUUUCAGGUUGCUGCUGGUGCGAAAGAGGGUGUGCUGAGCUUAGCACGCGUAGUGAAACGUGAAUGGUCUUCAUGAUCAAGAGAGUGUGUCGUUUAGCCAGUAUUCUCGAGUGAAUUGAAAUAGCCUCGUGCGAUAUGCGCACAAGACUUGGGCGAGUCUUCUAGUGCAGUCUUGAAUCUUCCCCGUGGCGCGAUAACAAGUUAUCAAGUUACUGAGCAGUUCUGUGCUUGUCUGUACGUCUUUAGCCACCGUCGUUUGCAUCUCAAGCGGCAGAGAUGUAAAAGUGCUGACGGGUACGGUGUGUCAUUGUGCUGGAAGUGUUCUACCGCGACGAGCGAGUGAUGCAGUUACGUGCGACAGUGUAAAUGUCCGCUCUAUUUUGUGUUGUCUGUUGGCCACUGAAAUGUCCACCGCGAAUUCGAACUCUUUGCCUUGCCGUAUACCUUAUCGCCUUACAUGUGUACAACUCGUAACCUGCUACCCCUUCGAUUGCUUCGAACGAACUAUGAACGUGUGACCUUGUGGCGAAAGCCUUUCUUUUAUGCGCGGGUCCAAAACCUUUGACUCGUUGUUAAAACAUCUUGUUCAGCCCCGCAAGUGUCGUUCAGUGCUGGACCUCUGUUAUUUGCUGUAGAGGUGUUCGUUCCACGCGUAAUGUGCUGUUGUAGCGCUAAUCCAGAACAAAACGAGGGCGGUGAACCGCAGGUUUUGAACCCUCCGCGCUGUGUGGGCUGGUGGAUUCUAGCUGACAGAAAACGUUCCAUAACGUGUGUCUUGUGGCUGUACCCACUCGAGAUCGUAUGUGAUCGAGCUGCAUGAACACGCUAGACGUAAUGAUUCUGGCCUCUCAUUAAGGUGGAAAGGGCGUAUGUAUCAUUGUUACCUUCCUUUGUUUCUUACAAAUAUUGAGACGAGUAAUCAGUAUAACAUUUACUAGUAUUCGUUAUCUGCUAUAUGACAGCCACCUGCAUCUCUGCAUCAGGGGCAUAUAACCUGGAGGUGGCACACCCGGCACCCGUCCCUCUCGAAAUUCGUAUGCCAUAGGAAACGUAGCAUCUUGAGAACACCCUUCUGCCUAAACACUUGGAAACUCACUCAGCACCAUUGCGCAGCCAUCACUUCACCAUGAAGGGUUUGCCCCUUUCGAAAAAAAAACCUCUUGUGUACUCUACCGCCCUACUUAAACAUUACUCGCCUGCUUGUGUGGUCUGCGUAUAGAGACUGUAAUGACGGCCGAUGCCCUCCACAAACACUGAGAACCCGCGUGUGGCGUGCGGUAAGGGCAUUUUUGGAUGACUCCGUACCUGGCUUAGAGUGCCAAAAUGGCGGUGCUUCACUGUAAUCUGUGCUGAGGCGGGAACUUCGUGAGAAAACGCUUGUUUCUCCCUCUGAGAGGCGACGCUUGUUCGAGUCGCAAGGUGCCAACUUCGGUACGUUUCUUUGGAAAAGAGCAGUCUAUUCGAAGGAGUACAUCUGUCACAGCAGCUUUGUCCUUCCAACGGCUUAGUCGGCAUCAAAUAUUUUGUGCUUACGUGAACUGGAGCGUUACGGCAUGGCGGAGGCGCGCACAUCACACCCUGCUUCGUCAUGUCAAGCACACGCUUAACGAGGUGACGCUAGCCCUUCCUGAAGUCGUGUUUAAAAGAUACGCGCCAAUCUUUUGCUGGCAUUGUUUGACCGCGCAUCAUUCGUCUCCUUAAUCUUUGGGUUUUGCGAAGAAAUCGACGCCAUUCUUGCCUUGUCGAAAAUAAAGUACGGUAUUGUUUUGCUUAUAUUCUUUUACGCAUUUAGUUCACUAGUACCGAAGCCCUACGCUUACGCCCUAACGUGUCUGUAAUAAUACAACCGCCAUGCAUGCUUACCCUUUACCCGCAUGAGCAUAUAGGAAAAGUGACCCAUAGUCUGCCUUACAGCUUGAGUUAAUUUUGCUUGGUUUCCUUAAAACGCUGUCUUGCUACGAAAGGACAAACGACAAUACGCAUACGUUACCGCUCCCGCUGAUGUAUUGUCCUGGUUUGGCGAUGCAGAAAUUAGUAUUCACUCCCAAACAGCCUCAUUCGCAGCAGUUCCUUCAGUUUUUUACGCUUUUUGUGGGCGCGUCAGUCAAACAAUGGUGAUGGUCCUUUGCUCCUCCAUCGAAGCCGUAGGCGUGAAUAUUUUUAAAAUGGUGUCACUCUAUGCAGGUCAUCAUCUCAUUAAUUCAAGAAAAGAAGCGCGGUGAUGCCACGAGACAGCUUCUGUCGCAGCCCUAACCCAUUGGUCGGUCAUCCAAAAGGCUCAUGUGAUUGUAUUUCUCCACUAGAUACUACGCCCAUGGCAUUGUAAAUUGGCUUGAAUGAGCGUCGGCGCGAAGCAACGGCACAGCACAAAAGGAUUUGUACGUCGGUCGUGUAUCCUUGCCCCCACUUGUGAAAACUGCAAGCUAUGAAGGACUCCUAGAGCUAAAGCGACGCGAGGUGUUCUUGUUGCGAGGCGGUGCGGAGUGCAUUUUCUUGCGUGAAAGGUUUAACUCGUGACAUGCUUUGCUGGUUUCUAUAUUGUGGUCACCGUUGACGCAGUCGCUAUGUGCGGCGCUGCGGAAUUUUUCACGCGAGAAAAAUUAACACAGGUCGCUACAAACUGCAGGCUUCCGUGUUUAAGGAUUUAUUGAAGUUAACCGGCUAUCCUUCCGCUCUUCUCAGUGGGAAAGUAUUACGAAUACUUGAUGAGAACAAUGCAGACGCCAACGCAGAAGAUGCAGAUGUACGCAUAUGCAUCUGCCCUUUGCUUUGUGUUAAAAAAAAGGAACCGCUGUACUUGUAUAUUGCUAGUGCCAAUUAAGGUCGAUUGUGAAUUCCAUUGCCUUGAGCAAGAUCUUCUGACAUUCGUUUUUCCAAGCCUAAAUUUCCCUCUUCAGAUUUAAUUCAGGCGCGAUUGCGCGUACUUCGGAGACAUCUACAUAUUUUGUGUAUUUAUUUUCGAAAUUCAACUGCCCGUGCGAGCGAAUAUAAUGUGAUGCUAUGGUAAAGCACUUCGCACAUAUUUGGAAACAUGAGGUGUUCAGACGCGUAAACGGUGUUCAACAAUAGCUGACGUUUGCCCUAACUGGUUCCUUCGUGGUCAUUGGGAUAGUCUCCACUUUGCCGGCAAGUAUUCGGCACGCUGCUUCGAGCAAUCCGAGAUAUGAGAAUAAGUGUCUCUUUUGUUUUCAUUCGUUUAGACACAACUGGUCUGCAUUUAUAAGGAGCGUUGUUCUAUCCCCGGAACGGCAAUGUUUCUCUCGAAAUUCACAGAACUGGGCGAGUCUACUAUUCAUGCUUUGGAACAGUGUUCCAUUGCCUCUUGCGCCGCUCCCAACUAUCCAAGUGUCCUUGUUUAAGUAACUUUUCUUCAAUUCCAAUCGAUGGUAUCUGGCGCGCUUUCUAGCAGCAGAACCAGAGGCUGUUCCUCUAAGGAAAAUGUUGCCUUUGUGACGUCACAAUCAAUCAGAAUCGUGCAGCGCGAACGUCCUCUAAUCUUAGUAUGGCGGUUUGGCCGCAGUUCCUUUAUCGAAAUUGUCGCUUUUGUGACGUCACGAUUGGCCGCAAUACCGCUGCUCGAACAUCUUGUAAUCGCCGUACGGCGGUUUGGGCGCUGCAUAGACCACGAUAAUAGAGCUACUGUACAUGCUACCUUUAGGUAGCAGAGUUGCGCUUAGGUCUAGAAACCACACCUACGCGGUGAAGUCGCACUACGUUUUUUGCAGGCGACAUGCCUAUCAUGUCGCCGAUUAACAUGUCUGGCGUGUGGAAGACUGCUGAUUAACUGAACUGUCCAUGUCCGGCGUCAAUCCAAUUCUCUGCAGCGACGGCUUCGAAUAAUACCAGAACUGGCCCGAGGGUCAUCUUCUCCGCAAUGCAUGGUUGCUAGCGCCGUUUGGAAAACAGACGCGCAACUCUACUACUUAAAGGUAGCAUAUACAGUAACUCUACACGAUAACAAAUCGCAGUGCUCCUUUCGGUUACUCUCCGAGGCAGUGCGGCUCAUUUGGGGAGGAUUUUCAGUCAGAUACAUCCGAUUCCAAACAUUUUUAGCGGUACAUGUAUGCAAAUGUAGUGGGCGUAAAUUUAAGACCAAACAGACUUCGAUUAAUCAUUUUUGAGCGCUGCUAUUUUUUUUAGACAUCCACGAAAAAGUGUUGUGGUUUGCAGCCGAUUUCGAUCAUCCCUGAAUCAGUGAUACACUGAUUGUGGUGUCUCUAUAUGAUUGCGUAAACUCUUAGCUUGCGUAUAUGUUUUUUUUUCUUGCCACAAAUGCAGCGUUUUCGAAAGCAGAAUGUGCGUUACAGAACGGGCGCGUUCGUAUGUCCUAAUAUAAAAAAAAAUCACGUCUGAACCACGUUUUUUCACAUCGCAUUUAGAUGAGUGCAAGUGACGCUUAUGGUGCGCCACUCUCACUUGCGUGUUUCGGCUUAUUAUCUUUCGCGUUCUUUUGUGACACGCUCGUAAAAGCGUCUAGUAGAUUGUUUGAGACGCUGGAUGCGCCUAUCGACAAACAGCUGCUAUGAAAACAAACAUGGUGCACAGGAGGCCUGGGAAGUUUAAUGUAGCCGUAUGGCACCAUAGUUUGACGGCUUUCGGCACUGCAGUUCGUAUCAGCCGCUCAUUCUAGAGUAUUCCUUUCUUUUGCGAACGAAUACUUCACACUUCGACUGAAAAUGCUACCACUUGAUUUCAAGGAAGCGAUUUCUUUGUCCUUAAUUAUCGAGUGUUUGUUCGAGGCGUGUAAGUUGUCCGAUCUCACUGGGCGUGUCAGUGCAGCUUCAAGCUCGAACCCAUAAUAGAAAGAGUUACAGUUGUGUGUGGCUCACGUUAAGAAGAAGAAAAGAGGUGGGAGGGGGCGUCUUUGGAGCUUUGUUGUUGCGUACGGACUCUAUUUUACUCGAAGCUCGACGAACUCGGAGAAAAUCUAUUUGCUGUUGAAAUGGUGGGUGUUGCAUAGCGAGCUUUUUUUAUCAGUAUACGACUCUUUAUCUGGAGCGAGUGUCCCAGAAACUCAAAUAAAAAAAAGCGAAAACUCACCGCGCUUGCAAAAAUGCGAGCACGUUUUGUUUAAGGGACCACUACAACGGAAUUUGUUUCGCUGUUUUGGAGCGUGUACUUUAUGUAGCGGACUUGUCGAGCGUGCCUGGCCACGUAGCUUUUACUCAUUUGUAAGCUUUGGUGGUAGAAAAAUAAAUUACCCUCUCCGCUUAGUAAAAGAGAAAGUUCGACUUGCUGUCGUUGUGGUAUUUACCUGAUGCAAUGUAUCCGACAGCAAACCAAACAUGUGCAUACACUUAUAGAGAACAGUGCUUCAGGUUUGGCGCUAUAAGUUAUUUAGUGAUUUCAUCUUCGGUAAUGGUGUUGUGGCUAGCUGCAAAGCGCAUGCGUCCCUUUGCGCACCCACACUUUUCACCACUGCAAACUUUUAGGCAGUGAGUGAAUAAGUGAAAAAUAAUUGAAGAUUGACUUAUUUUUGAAAUUCUUUGUAAAUCGCAGGAAUUCGGGCUCAUUUUUAGCAAACGAUAGAACUCUGACUAGUGUGAAAUAUAAAUGCAGUAAAUGUGUACUUACCAACCUGGGUUCUGCAUGUGCAUUCGUAGGCACUUGCUGGCCACGCAGAAUGUUCAGGAGACUUUUUUUUAUGCACCACCGUGUUACUUUAGGAGGCUGAGCAGCGUCAGUUAUACUUGCAGUCUCUAUAGUUUCAUUUUAGUGCAACUUACCGGAACGUGGCGAAAAUUUGCUGGAUGUAAGCAAACUCGCCUCCAUAUGGUUCCUAGAAUAGUGAACGAAGGGAGCUAAUGGUCGGUGCGUUGAUGUGGCUGCCUAAUUUAUAAAGUGACAAUCAGCGAGUACCAAAAGCCCUGGGCCCGUAUUCACAAGAACGUCUUCAGAUAGCGUACUCAGAUGAGACAGCGCUUGCUAAAAAGUAGGCACAAGAAGGAGCAACACGCGACCCCUGUCAAAUUUUAAGGAAGCUUUGCUGACUCUUUCGAAAGGGCACGUACUGCUCGUGUUUAUGGCAGUGGUUGAUCAGCAUUCAUAGUUGAUCAGCUGAUUAUCAUUCAUAGUUUAAAGCUUUAUAAUGAGGACGACCUCCUGAGGAUAAUUUGGCAAGGAAGACGUUUUCUUUAUUCCUAGCGUGUCUGAGCCUAUCAACAACGAAUAUUCUCACUCUUCAACUAAGGAUACGCUUCUCGGCCUGGCUAGUCCUGCCUUUUGUCAAGGAAAAACACACUCUCAUAAUGCAGUGGUCACAUGCUCAGAUGGCCUCAGAGGGCUAAUAUUUGUCGAGGCAUCUAUAUCGCCGCAUCUCACGGGAACCACUCCAUAACACCCACGGUCUUCAUGGCUGUUUUCUGUGCAAGGAUUGCCUCGCUCAGACAGUUCUCGUUAUUACUUCCCUACUUCCCUGUCACUGCGUUGUUCGAACAUCCAUCUCCAAAUAGUGGCCCAGUACCUUUCCUCGGGAAUUCUGUGCAGAAGGGUGAAUGGUAUGACUCCUGUUCGCCCAGCAGGCACGUGAAUCCCUAGAAGAAUGAAAAUUCAACUAGUCCAAUGUGAAGUUCUAAUUCCCAAGCAAAAUAUCACCCAUCUUCUGCCUCUGGUAUUUCUUGAAUGAAAGGGGGAUGAAUCAAGGGCUUGGUUUUUUUUGUUGUUGUUGUUGGACAGAACCAAAGGGAAGCGACGGACAAUGAAGCCAAGCAGCGUAUGCGGGACAUUAUUUGUAAGAGAAACGCAAGUCCUACGAGUGGUGUAUACCUAAGCGUAGACAAAGUGAUAUCGAGCACUGUAGCAAAAAAAAAUGCAACGGUGAAUGCAGUAGAACAAAAUAACUGUUAACGGUGUGGCCACGCACGUUCGACGUGUACCGUAUAGUGCAUUAGCGCGCGUGGGGAAAGACGUUUUGUUGCAGCCCGCGUUGUGUUUUAUCCUGCCUUCCUCUACGUAGCGGAGUGUGCCAGUUUGACCCCGCCUUUUUGCUCGCGUGCCCAGUGCACGAGGCCUGUCUCCCAUGGAGGUGUCUCUCUCUCUCUUUUUCCAGUCCUUCGCAAUCGCCAACGCUUCCUAUAAGUGUUCAACGAACAAAUAAAGAAAAAGUUUGGUUUCUGAC